ACUAAAAGUAUUAGACAGUGAUAUUCUGAAAGUUAUUGAAAACUUGAAGAAAGAAAGUACCAACAUGGUCAACCGAGUUCGACAUUGUUCCUGCUGCAGCAAAUCCUAGCUGCACUGCAGAGAGCACAAAAGGACACUAUAACCCAACCACGGCAUAUAACUCAACCACCUGAAGUGAGUCUGGUGGUGCAUGUGUCCUAAUGUUUUCCAGUAGCCGCUCACUGUCAUUUUCACUGGAUAAAAUAAGAAAAUCUCAUGCUGAAACCAUGAAAGAAGUACUUGCAAAUAUAUGUACUUUAAUCCAAGAGAGGGAUUCAUUGAAAGAGAGCAGCACAGAAAACUACAAAGAACAGCUUACAAAACUUGAGGAUGAGAAAAAUGCCAUAAUUGACAGACUUAAGAAAGAAAUUCUCAAAGCCAAAAAUGCGCAGGCUGAAACAGAGAAUGCUUUACAUGUAGCAUGCCUUAAAGUGAAAGAAAUGGAAUCUAAAGUUUCUUCACAGGAAAUAAGGAUAAAAUCAUUUUGUUCUAAAAUGAUGAAGUUUGAAAAUCUACUUCGUGCCAGAAACCGUGUACAUAGUUUGCGAUUAAAUAAUGUGAUUGGAACUUCAAGAAUGUUAAAGGAAGAAAAUAUAAUACUUCAACAACAGAGAGACAAUUUGCAUCAAAGGUGUGAAGAAUUGAAAGGCGUUGUGAAGAGAAAAGAAAAAGAAAAUCUAGAUGCUUUAUACAGACAAAAUUCUAAAAUUGAUCAAUUGAAUGCAGCUUUAAAUGCACAAAGGAUCGAAAAGCAAAAAUUACAAAGGGAGCUAAAUGCUGCCACUGAGUUGAAGAAUGAAAUGGAACAAAAGCUUCAAGCAAUGACAGAGGCGGCUAAUGAACUUGCAUUAAAUCCACCUUCUGAUGCUGGAGAUUCUAAACCAACACAACAUGAGCAAGAACUGCAGGAAGAACUGAGAAGCACUCGGGAGCUUCUGGAGUCUACUCAACAAGCACUGGAAGUACUUCAGCAGCAGAAUGCUGAUACUGAGCGAGCAUUGAAAGAUGCAAAGAAAAACACCAACAGUUCUGAUGAUAAAAUGGAACUUGAACUGAAGGAAAGUAGAAAUGUUAUUUCCAGCCUCAACAAAACCCUCAAAAAUGUAUCUACUGAAUCAGAAAAAAAGUCAAAAACAAUAAAUGAAUUGAAGCGAAAGCUCCAAGAUAUGGAACAAUUGUUUUUGAAGCCCACUGACUACAGCAAGGUCCAUGGAACAGAUAAUAAGUAUAAGAUGAUGCAAAUGGAAGCUAUGAUAUCACAGCUGAGAGAACACAAUUCUGACCUCCAGAAAGAAAAGCUUGAACUUCAGUCAGAGCUAGACAAUAAAGAACGCAAGGAAGGUGAGCAAACGAAAAUUAUUGAGGCCAGAGAUGAUGUAAUACGAAAACUGAAGAUAAAAGAAAAGAAGCAGGCUGAAAAAAUUUCUGAUUUAUCAUUUGUAAUUCAAGAGCAUGAAUCUGCUAUAUCUACAGUACAUCAAGACAUUUCAUCCAGCAGUGAAUCACAGGACUUAAAGAAGCUGCUUGAAGUCAGACAACUACAAGUGUUACGGCUUGAAAAGCUAGUUCAGAAGCAAGAGGAGCAACUGAAUAAGUGGAGCCUUCAGAGAACAAGACAUGAGGCACGUAUUGCGGAACUAGAGAAGGCUUUACGGGAGAGGCAACGAAUAACAAAAUUCCCUUUUUCCUGCGCAAGUUCUACUCCAGUUAAAUGAGACAAAAAUAUAACGUUUUCUCCUCAAAAACUAUGACACAAACAAGAAAAAUUAUGUUAGGUGAUGUAAAUUAAAAUAACUGUGGCUGU